UUAGACAUUUAACUCAUUUUGUUUCUAUAGCCUUAACCGUACACGGGGCUUAGAUCCCCCCUCUGUCUGAGCCAUGAACUGAAAGCAUGGCGAGGUAGUAUUCGUUUGAGUUUUGACCCCCACCGGCAUGAAUCCGCCCCGGGGAAGCCUGAUGCACACCCAGAACCUUCAACCCAGGGCCGGACCCCCCGUAUCUUUUACGCAAAUCUCCUCUUCAUUUCUCCUCGUCCUCGCACACAUUCGGCUUUCGUACCAGAUCUGAACCUCUAGUAACCUAACUACCAAUGGAAGACUUCGAGGCACAACUCGCUCGGGCAGCAGCACCAGACACGAGGGACGUCCUGGGCGCAAUUGGACUAGUCGACCAAACCCUAACAACCCCAACAGGAACCACGCUCUACCACCACGCGUGCGGCCGACAGUCGCUGGACGCCGACGCGCCGCCGCUUGACGCCGACAGCACGGUAUCGCUCGGCUCCGCGGGCAAGUUCCUGACGCACAUCGCCGCACUACAGCUAGUGGAGCACGGGCUCGUGGGGCUCGACGACCCCGUGUCCACGCUGCUCCCCGAGCUGGACGCGCUGCCCCUGAUCUCUCGCAGCAGCCCUUUCGCAGCCCGCCCCCCAGCGACCAAAAUCACCCUCCGCCACCUGCUCACGCACACGAGCGGCCUGUCGACGCACGACGACCCGGCCGUACAAUCCUACCUCGCCGCCGGCGGCGCCAUGCCGACCCCCGCGCCCGACGCCCACCCCAUCGUCCGCGCCACGUCGCUGCCGCUCACAUUCAACCCCGGAACCGGCUUCGCCUACGGCCACAGCAUCCACUGGGCGCAACUCCUCGUCGCGCGCGCCGCGCCCAGCGGCAACUUUAUCCGGCACAUGCAGACGCACGUCUUCGACGUCCUCAACAUGCGCACCGCGACGUUCGGGCCGCGCGACCGUGAGGACGUGUGGCACCGGCGCCUGCGCAUGGUCGAGCGCGCCGCCGCCGACGGCAGUCUGGUGGAAGCCGACGACGCCACGCAGGGCCUCACGUGCAGCGUGCGCGACGUGGGCGCCGCGCUGGCAGAUCUGCUCGCGCCGGCGCCGCGGCUGCUCUCCCGCCGGGAUCUGGUCGACUUGUUGUUUGAGCCGCAGUUCGCGGCUGGGAGCGGCGCGCUGCGGGAUCUGCGCGGCGAGAAGGACAACUAUGCGUUUUGUGCUGGCAGGGACAACUAUGCGUUUUGUGCUGGGAGGGACGACUAUGCAUUUUGUGCUGGGAGGAUGGGAGACGGUGGGGAGGAGCUGGGUGUGAACUGGAGUGCGGCGGGGCUCGUGGUUGAGGAUGAUGUGUUGCGUCUGUCAGGGAUGCCGCGCGGCACCGUGGCGUGGGAGGGCAUGCCAAAUGUCAUGUGGGCUGUUAACAGGGAAAAGGGGGUGGCGGCGUUUUUCGCGACGCAGCUCGUGCCGAACGGCGACGAGAGGGCGAACAGGCUUGCCGUGGCGUUUAUGAGGGGGGCGUGGGGAACAUUUGGCUCGUCCUGA